UGUAUAGUGGAAGCUAUUACAAUUAUUUGUGCUAAAGAGAACAAUAUAGAAAAGUUGAAUUACUAAUAGUGAUUGUAAAGCUCGCCAAUAGGACACAUUGGCAUAGCCGUAUUAAUUCCCUUCAGUUGUAGUACAAGCCGCCAAAACGUCUAAAAUGCAAAAGAAAAGAUCGGCGCGUUCAGCGUCGGCAAUGUCACAAAAAUCCGAUGUCCAGGUUCCUGCUAAUAUGGACGUUCCACCAUCAGAUUCUUUAGUCUUAAAAGUCAUGAGCCUUCGCUUACCCGAUCAGGAUCCCAAGCACUUUGCCAUAAAAGUAACAUUCUUCGAUCAACUGCUGGUGCAUGCUAUAAUUAAGUCGAUAGGCGCCAGAGAUGAAGAAUCUAGUAAUUCAGUAGCAAAUGGCACCUUGACUUAUGAUCCGUCGGAUUACGAGAAAAUGAGCUUGUAUGCGGACUGUCCUUUAGUUGUGCAUAUUCAACCUCUUAGAAACAUUGAUACAUCAAAAUCGAGCGCUUACCACUUGGAACAGAGUGUUAUAAAUCCAACAAAAACACGGAACAUCAGUUGCUGCAACAUUGAUAUUCUGUCCAUUUUCCUCGGCAUGGAAGACCAACAAAAGAUGUGUAUUAAGAAACGCAUGGAGCCAAUGGUUGAGCCAUCAAUGAUGCAUCGCAAGAGUUGGGAUACUCUUCCACUUCUCACGUUAGAACUAACAGCGGAAAGGGAUGCCUCGAAUAUAACGCAUCACAAAGUUUUGAGAGACGCAAACUGGAUGAAAGUGACUCUGGUCGCGUGUUACAAUAUGUUCAUUCCGUUUGAAAAGGACUACGUCUACACCGCAGCUUCGAAAUUACCUUCUUACAGUGAUGAUAACGAAGCCAGCCUCAUAACUUUUAGCCAAGGCUAUAGAGAGCCACGACGAUUCAAUUGUACUAAUUUCUAUCCAAAAUGGGAAAGUUUGAGAUCUGCAGGAGAAGUUUUUACACAAUCUGAUCAAAAAUUGCAAUGUAAUUUAAAAGAAUUAAAGAAUGAAGAUAAUAUCGACCUCCAACACUACUUGAAUAAAGUACUUCCUUAUCAUACCGCGGUUUGGGGCUCUUUCCACCGAACGCUAAUGCUAAAGGAUAAAGAUGCUUGGCUGUGGAAUCACCUCCGCUGUCACAAGUGGCCCUUCGAGAUGCACAUCUAUGGAGACAGUGGAGGCUACAGCUUCAUGGCAUUCUUAAAUUUGUUCCAACUUCUCUUUCCUGGAGAACAAAUCAUUCGCCUUGUGGUACCACUGCAUUGGGUUCACCCAGUCCUGAUGAUGCGGGAGUGCGGCUGUGACCUGCUUCUCACACCGAAUGACAGGCCUCCGUCAGGCAUCAACGAGAGGAUCCCGUCACCUUCACCUGCCUUACCGAGAGCAAGUAAAAGUAGCAGAGUAGUAACAGAUUCCUCGGUGGGAACAUCUGUAAGCACGAUCACAACAGUCCAAAUGAAAGCUACAGGUGCCGAUGAUAAUGACGCAUUCAUCAUUGUAGAAGUCAGACUUGCUAAACCACUGAAGAGUGUAGCUAAAGUACCACGAAUACUCAAAGAUGAAAUAUCAGGCAUGCUUGUAGAAAUGGAGAAAGACGGUCCCAAGUCACGAAAAUGCACUGGUCGUGGACAACUGGAGACUGACUGGCAAAAAACCGUUAAGUCGGCUGUGAACUCUUUACGCAAAGUUCCAUAUUACGGAACUACGGAAUUCUGCACGUUCAACCGGCAGCUGAGCGAGACGAGGACUCGAGUGGAGUUGACCACUUCAUGCUGGCAGGACGCGGCCACAUUCAUCAACAAUAACUUUGUAGUACAGCAGUAUCUACAUUCGGAUGAUGUCUUUGAAGAAUUGGUGAUGAUGGCUCAAGCUUGCCUCAUGAAGUCUGCGUGUGCCGUACUGUUGGGACCUGACAAGAACCGCGAAGUAGACCCGGCAGUGAGAGCGGCGAGACACGCUCGUCAGAUGCAGGAUAUCAAUCACGCUUUGGAGCUUUUUUUCAAGUUGGUGGUAGAAGAGCCCCGCAAUGCUGACCACUGGCGAGAGGUAUCGACUUGCCUCAAAGAUGUGGACAGAGACUGGGCCAACGUCUGUCUUAACAAAGCGGUUGUUUUGAAUCCUCGACACCCGCUCUCACUUCUAUCAAAAGCUGCGAUGUUGUUUGAAGAGAAUCCCUUAGCAGCGGAACCUUUCUUCAUGGCGCUCCUCGCAUUCUGUCCAGUCUGGUCUACUGUGUGGGCAGUUACCAGCGUCUACUUUUACGAACGCCAGCUGUAUCACGUGGCAGAUGUGAUCAUGAAAUGUGCUGAAAAGGUUCGUGCCGAACGAAGUCCAGAGGAAAAGAGGUUCCCCCGAACAUGGGGACGAGAGCUGGGUGAUUGGUAUGACAGCACCCCUCUACUGCCCGGCAUGAGCCUAUACUAUGAUGCCGCUGAUCUGCUGCUGAGGCUCAGGGCCAUUCCUUUGGCAGAGGUAUGCAUGUCUCGCAUACUGUCAGCACACGGAGAGACGGCUCCAUACUAUCACCUGAUUGCUCUGAGUUGUCGCCUGCGAGGAAACUAUGAGGAGGCGAUGUGCCAUCUAAAUAUUGCUUUUACGAAGUUUGGAGAGAUUAAUUACUUGAGGACGCUCGAAGCCGAAUGCCAGCACAGACUGGGCAACAUCGAUAAAGCCAUCGAAUCGUUCGGAAAAGCCGGCUGUUGUAAUGGUGCUUUCAGUAUUUUAAUGUCAGUGGCUUGUGGGGACAACCAGAAGUCCCGCGCAAUUCUAUUGGACCUAGUUCGUCGGCAGAAGAGCGCUUAUGCAUGGACUGCACUUGCCGAAGACUGGUUGAAUUCUAUAACAGACAUGAGUGAAACGGAUCUCAAGGACAGUUCAAAAAUGUCGUCUCAGCAACUGAAUGCCAAGUGUUGCGCUAUUUCCUCUGCCAUACAGGCACUGAAGAUGGACCGGCGAGCGGGCAAAGCGUGGGCGAUAUUGGGCAAGAUGGUGAACCCUUGUGCCAGGCGCUUAUAUUGCCUGCAAAUGGCCAGCAUGUGCGGCUGGGAUGUAACUGAUAAAGAUGUGAAGAAAGCAUCUCUUCCUUCGAAGUACUCGCUGUGUUUCGGUGUCAACACUUCCAUAGGAGAGUGUCGGUGCUCUAUGUGUGAUAGAACACAUUUGUAAAAAGCUGGUUAAAUAAAAUACCAGCUGAAUAUGUCAUGAGCUGACUUCUGGUAGCAAUAAAACUACACAAAUGGGUUAUCAGUUCGGAGGAGAUACUUGCCGAAGAGUCAGCGCAUUCAGUAGAAAUAUUUGUGAUUGUAGAUUAUGUUCAAGUAAUUAUUUUAUUAUUAUAUACUCACCAUUAUCUUUGACAGCUAAUUCUAUAUAAUUAUAUAUGGAGCUAAUGAUAUUAUAAAACAAUAGAAAAUCAAUAUUGUGUCUCGCGUAUAUCUGAUUUCAUAUGCGUUGUACACAACAGGUUAAUGUUGGUUUGAUUGUAUUCUAGAGGUUGCCAUGUAUUUAAAUAAAACAUUUA